GUUUGUUGUUUACUUUAGGUUACUGAGUUGACUUUCUGUGGAUGUUCUGAGAAUGUCUGGCGAAGAGCGGCGGAAUGAUGGUGGAGCCCCGGGUGGGGGUGGCGGUGGGGAACGAAGACCUUAUCGAGCACCUACAUCCUUUAACUGCGAUGAAGUCGGGCACUAUGCUAACCAGUGCCCGCAUCGUAAUCGGAGGCCUUAUAGUUCAGCCAGGCCGUCUACCUCAGCCGACUCACGGCGUUCAAGAUCACCUCGAAGAUAUGACCAUUGGCACCGAACCUCUCCAUCGAAGGACGCUGAGAUGCGGGCGCAGGUCGCUGAAAUGGGGUGGAAUUAUGCCAUAAUGAAGGAACAUUACGAUAUGGAGCGCAAGCAUAAGGAAGAGAAAGCACGUCGUAAGCAGGAGAAAGAGGAGGCGAAAAGACUGGAAGUGGAGGAAAAGGAGAGGCAAGAAAGGAAGGCUAAGAAGAAGAUGGAAAAGUUGCGUAAAGAGGCUGAGCAGCGCGCGGAGCUGAGUAAGGACUUGCGGAUGCAGAUGAAGAUGGACAUGUUCCAGUUAAGAGAUGUGAUGCGUGAGGAAUUUGUUGAGCAAAUACGGGAGGUGAUGUUGCCGAAGAGGAAACGAGAACCGGAGACACAUUUUGAAGGAAGCCCACCGAUGGAACUUCCGCCGAAGCGCACGCCUAAGAGAGGCGUACUGAAGCUAGUGAAAUUGUGCGCACGGCUGACUCGCUCGAAAGCGAAAGGAGCAAAGAAACCGGGCUUGGCUAAGAAGGGAACGCCGGUGAAGACACCACUGUCUGGCCGUAAAGCAGUUAAGACCAAGACCCCUGUGGCGAAGUCCACCACUGCUAAAGGGCCCUUGGUCAGGAUCCGGUAUAUGAAUCGAACGAUGAAGGAGUUGAAGGAUCUGGACGCCACCGAAUUGAAGAGGAUCUGUAAGGAGGUUGGGGUACACUAUGAUAAAAAGGUGAAUGCAAUUUUUGACAUUGCGGAGCAUCGAGCAAGGUUGAACUUCAGGGAGGAGCAACCAGCGGAGGAGGCGAUAAUGCCAGUGGAAUCGGAGACAAGCGAAGUACCUCCAGAGGAGGAAUUGGAGUGAGGAAACUUCAGUGUGUCGCGCUUAUGGCAGCUUUACAGAA